CCGGUGUCCCCUGAGUCUCCCACUAGUCCAGUCAUCAUGGAGGUGUUCUUCAACUCGUCUUUGCUCUUCAUCUCACACAGACCAUUAAACUCCAGCAUAAGGGACAAGACUGUAUAUGAGCAGUGUGACGGCAUGCCAGCUGUGCUUCUCUUCUACCUGGUGCUGCAGUUCAUCAACAUGUUCUUGGGGAUCCCAGCCAACGUCAUUGUGCUGUGGCUCCUGCACAAGAACAAGAGUGACUCCACCACCUCGGACAUCUUCAUCCUGCACCUGGCCAUCCUGGACACCUUCUUCUGCCUCAUCCCCCCUCUGGAGCUGGCCAACAUCGUCUACCUGACCACCAGCAGCACCUGGUACGUGCUGCGCUUCUUCUACGGCGUCAAGGACUCCUCUCCGCUCUUCCUGUCCUGCAUCUGCCUGGACCGCUACAUGGCCGUGCUCCACCCAAUCACCUUCACAGAGCUCAAGGACCGCAGCCACCGGCCCAUGCUUGCCGCCGUCAUGUGGAUUGUCACGCUGGCCUACUCCACCGCCAAGUGCGUGGGCAACAUCGUGAACUUUGACAAGGUCUUCACAGUCAUGAUCCUGGCAGCAUUCACCUUCAUGGUAUUCUGUAAUGUCGCCAUCCUAUGGGCCCUGAGGCAGUCUGGGCCGGGCCGUGACGAGAUGCACCCUGUCAAGAAGAGAGCCUUUAAAAUGGUCCUCAUCAUAUUGGCAAUCAUUGUUUUUAACUACUUCCCUCCCGUGGCUCUGUUCCCCUUCCAGCAAUACUUCUCCCCAGAUGUAUUCCAGUGCUACAUCCACUACAUUGCCUUUGGCUUCAUGGACAUUAGCAGCAGUAUCCAACCUGUGCUUUACCUGUCAAAAGAGAAAAUACUACCACAGAAACCUGGCUGCUGCUGUACCAGAAAUACAGCCAACUCAGGAUGAUCCCUCAACACACAUACUGUACAGGUAGAAGUCUGGUUAUUAUGGUGGGAAGUAGUUUUGGUCCAAAACUGACAAUGUCAGGUAUUGAUGAGGACACAAGAUGUAGGUAGACUACCAGUAGACAACUAUUCUCAGAUUUAAGGUGAAACAAAAUUAGCAUAUGGGCAAAAUGUUUUUUUUUUAACUUCCUUUAUAUCUUUGUUUUUACUUACUUCAUACUGCAUAUAUGGGGAUGGAAAUGCCUUCGAGAAAGUAAGCCUGUCUAGAAAGUAAAUGCAAUAAAAUGUUGAGCAUACUCAGUUCUUUUGACAUGUGGGCUAAUGUGUUUGUAUGCGGAUGUUAUUUCAUAUGUUAUUUCUGUUGUAUUAAAGGUGUGUAAUGAAUUAGUAACAAAAAUAUUAACACAUACUGCAUUAUGUCUUAGAGGAUUAUGCAUUUGGUUGUCUGUAUACCAACUGAUUUGAAUGCUGGUGUCAGAAUGAUAAAAGGUAAAAAAAUAAAAUUGUAGAAAUAAAUACAACACUGUAGAAACUGAGGAAUAGAGGUAUUUGGUU